UAGUCUUUGCCUGGGGUUUAUAUGGAGCGUGUCUGUAAAGAUCCCCCCUUCUUCUUCAUUCUUGUUUUGUGUGUUGAGGUUUCCUGGCUGUGCUGUGUUCCGGGGUGGGGGAGUGGAGGCGCGCUGGGGGGGAAGCCUCUCCAAGCCGGGGAAAGUUUAGGAGUAAAACUCAGGCAAGAGAGAGAAGAAAAAGGAGGAGGAGAGAAGAGGGAGGAGAGAAGAGGAGGACUUCAGAUGUUUUUUUCAUCUCUCUCUGGAAGCGUUUUGACUCUGGAAUGGGUGCUGGAGCCCUCACCAUCUGUCACAGCCAGGCAGCCGUGCAUCUCCGAGAGGACAUGAAGAGGCUGGUCCAGCCCCCCCUCCAGGGCCCUAGGCCCCAGGACCCAGGGGGGCCCGGGCCCCAGGACCCAGGGGGGCCCAGGCCCCGGGACCCAGGGGGGCCCAGGCUCUUCGGGGUGGCCCUGGCAGAGUUGCAGGAGCGGGGCCUGCUGGAGGACGGGGUGCCCCGGCAGGUCCGGAGGAUGGUGGAGCACCUUAGAGAGCACGCGCUCCUCCAGGAAGGUCUGUUCAGGGUCAGUGGCAGCUCCCGCAGUGUGGAGCUGCUCAAGCAGCGCCUGGAGCGCGGCCAGGACGUGGACUUCCUGUCGGAGGUGGAGCCUUGUACGGUGGCCAGCGUGGUCAAACAGUACCUGAGGGAGCUGCCAGGAGGUGUGCUGGGCAGAGAGCUGCAGGACCAUGUAAUGCAGCGGCACCAGGAGUGUGCAGAGGAGCUCUCCUGUUCGGACCUGAGCGAUCUCCUGCACCGGCUCCCAGACCUUCGUCUCCUGCAGUACCUCCUUCUCUUCCUCACCCAGGUGGAGAGCCAGCACGCGCACAACCGCAUGACCGCCAACAACCUGGCAACCGUGUUCGGACCCAGCGUCUUCCAUGUGUCUCCUGGCCUGGAUGGGAUCAGGGACCAGAUCAUCUGCAACCAGAUCAUGACCAAGCUCAUCCAGAACUACAGCGCCGUCUUUCCCCACCAGCACACACACUCAGACAGAAACACACACUCAGACAGAAACACACACUCAGACAGAAACACACACACAGACAGAAACACACACUCAGACAGAAACACACACACAGACAGAAACACACACUCAGACAGAAACACACACUCAGACAGAAACACACACUCAGACAGAAACACACACACAGACAGAAACACACACACAGACAGAAACACACACACAGACAGAAACACACACUCAGACAGAAACACACACUCAGACAGAAACACACACGCAGACAGAAACACACGCGCAGACAGAAACACACACACAGACAGAAACACACACACAGACAGAAACACACACACAGACAGAAACACACAAACGACCCAAAACACGCACACAGACAGUAAAACACACAUGCACCUGAACACGGAUGCACCCCAGCAAAUGCUCCCAGACACGCCCCUGGCGCCGCCCCUGACCCCGCCCCUGGCCCCGCCCCUGGCCCCGCCCACAGACGCUGAUGAGGAGACAGGAGGCGACAUGGCCGUCCGCUCUGCUGUGAUUGUGGUCAGAGUGAGGAGAAGGAGCAGUGAAACAGACCAGCAAGCCUCGCUGCCCCACCCCAGUCGCUCUACCGGUCUACCCCAGGUGAGGCCCCUCCGCCUGGCCCCUCGGGGCCCCCGGGCUCCCCAGGCUGCUCCAGAGGCCCCUGCAGGUCACCAGGCCCCCUCUGACGCGCGCCUCCUCCAGACCAUGGAGGCUCUCUGCAGGUCAGUGUGUCUUCAUACGAAACAAACUCAGUGAGACGUGUCAAUGUCC